UUACAGUUCACACUUCACACCCGCACACAGAUAGAGAUGGAGGGAGAAAAUCCAAAGGGGUGGUGGUGGCGUUGGUGGUAAUAACCUUGAUGGUGGUUGAAGAUGAAACCGUAGAAGCAGAGAAAAUGGAGACAGACCAAACUUUUCUUACACACAAAGGUCACCAUCAAAGUGCUCAGAAGAACUCUCUUUCUUAAUGGGUCCCACACUAGCAAUCUCUACCCCAACUGUCACGUAUUCUUCCACUGUCACCCAACAACAUUGUAAAGGUUUCUCCUUUCUCUUUCACCACCUCACCACACCUCCACUUUUCUCAGUCUUUAAUGGCUGCCCCAUUUCAGAACAACAUUCUUACGUAAAAAAAAUAAUGGGUCGGUGCUAGAUAAGCAUUUCAACCUCUCUUUCUGGCUGUCACAAAGAAUAGAUACCCACAAGGGAAAAAAAGUCUUCGUUUUUGGUAUAAUUUUGUUGAAUUUUCAUCUGGGUACUUUUAGAAAGCUUUGGUUUUCUUGGCUUCUCUCUUGGUGAUUCAAGCUUUGACACUUGGUGGAGAAUUCAGAGAGUUUGGGUUUUGUGAAAGUGAGUGAUUUUGAGUGUUUCAAGUGUGUUCUAUUUUUGGGGGGUCUUUGAUGGUACGUUUGAGAGACUUGCAGUUUUGACUUUCCAAGAUAUUUAUUGUUGUUUUGGUAGCUGAAGCAUUUGCAUCGGAUGAAAAUUUUUUCAAUUGGUUUUGGCAAAGAUUGACGGUGCAAUUUCCAGAAUCAUCAAUCCAGUUGUAUAGAAAUCAUCAAAGUUGGAUUCAACUGUAGUGGUUGUGGGAUUUGGGUUUGUGAUCCUCAAGCUUCUGAUCACAUUUUUUCACAGAGUUGGUAAUUGGAUUGUUCACUGAAAUUUGAGGCUGAAUUAUUGAGGUUUGACCAAUUUGGCAUCAGUUAAAGUUGAGAGGAUUAGUUAUCUUAAAUGGUCUUUUCUUUGAAGGGAAGGCCAGAAUACCGGGAUUUUGAGCUUUGUGAAGUAUGUGGGAUGCUGUUUAAGGCUUGUAGACUAAAAAAGAAGGCUUUGAUGCCUUGCCAUCCAAAGAAAGCUUCAUUAGCUUGAGCUUUACACUGUUGAAAGCUUGAGGGGUUGGAAUUGGAAUUUGUUCGUCUUUUUUUUUUCUCUGUUAGUCCAGCUAGAUUGCUGUUCAUCUAAGGGCUUUAAAUUUGAGGUUUAAUGUGGGUAUUACUGGUGUGUAAUUUUGAUUGAACAAAGCCAAAUUGAAUUCAAGAAUCACUCAUUCAACAUGGGGAAGAGAUCCCAGAGACGCCUUGUGCGGUAUGAAAAAGACCAGUCAGGCUGUAUGUGGGGCUUGAUCAGUAUCUUUGACUUCCGCCAGGGUCGCACUACUCGGAGGCUGCUUUCAGAUAGGAAGCGUGGGAGCAGGCAAGCUGUUGGUGCUGGAUAUUCAAAGAAUAAAUUUGAGAUGUUGUCUGAUUUAGAUGAAGAUAAUCAAGGCACUCUUGAUGGUGAAGACAGUACAACAGUAUUAGUGACAACUGAUGCUGGUAAGCCAAGUGUGAAGAAACUUAUAGAAGAGGAGAUGUUCAAUGAACAAGACCUCAAGAAGGGCAAUGGCAAUGCUGAAGUAGAAAUAAAACUGAGCAAGUCAGGAAAUGAAAGCCACCUAAAUAUGGAGCACAUAAAAACAAAAAAGAGUCGCAAGAAAAGCCGUGAUAUGGACAAGCAUGACUUGGAUGCCGAUAAAAUCUUGGAAACGGAAUGCUCUUGUAAUCAGAACUCAGAGAAACAAUCAAUAGAUAAUGUUGGUAUAGAUGAAAUAAUGGAAGAGUUCUGUCACUGGAUCCAUCAAAAGAGUUUAAGUACAGUGAAGCAUGACCAGGUUGAUGAAGUUCAAAUGCAAUCGAACCUGAAGCAUUCUGAUUUUGAGAUAUUGAGCAAGGCCAUCAAAGAAUUUAUAAAUCAGAAGUUUAUAAAUGCAAAACAUCACAAAGAAAAUGGGAAAAACCUCCACUCCAAAGAACUCAUUGGUGCACUUGAGAUUUUAUGUUCAGAUGAGGAAUUGCUUCUGAAACUAGUACAAGACCCAAACUCACUUUUGGCAAAACAUGUUCUAAAUUUGCAGGAUUCCCAGGUAGGGAAAGGCAAAGAACCCAAGUCACUUCCAGGAUCCAAUAUGUCAGAACUGGAGCUCAGUGGUUUAGGACAAUCUGAGGAGCUUGUCAGUCGUAAGCAGCAGCGUAACUUUUUCAGGAGAAAGGUCAAGUCUCAGGAAAGAAACCCACUGAAACAGAAUGCAAAUUCUGAAACCCCAAAUAGAAUUGUUAUUUUGAAGCCUGGACCAGCAGGCUUGCGAAAUUCCAAAACUGAAAGUAGUCUUGUCUCUUCACCAGAACUUGUUGGAGAGAAAGGAUUGACUGAGAGAGUUGGUGCACAUUUUUUUCUUGCUGAAAUUAAGAGAAAGCUGAAAAGUGCCAUGGGAAAGGAAUGGCAUGGAAUCUCUACUACUGCUUUUUCUGGUAAUUUUCCUCAUAAGCUUCAAAGUUUGAGAGAUGGUGAGACACGGACUGAUAAGGAAAAUGCAAGAAGAAAUUCUCCAGGUAAAGAUCAUUUCUAUAUGGAAAGAGUUGUCAGACCUGCUGUUGAUGUCAAGAAAGGAGACAAGACUGGAAAACUGAAAGAUGCUGAAAUAAGUAAGGAACAUCAAAUUGAUGGUUAUCCCAAGCAAAGGGCAUCUAAUAUCUACAUUGAAGCCAAGAAACAUCUGUCUGAGAUGCUGAGCAUAGGGGAAGAAGGUGUAGAUUGUUCAAGCAAACAAACUCCUAAAACCCUAGGGAGAAUUCUCUCUCUUCCUGAGUAUAACUCAACUCCUGUUGGCAGUCCCGCAAGGGACUGGGAGGAUAAAUUUGUAACUGCACAGAUGAGGCUUUCUGCCUGUGGAAAAACUAGGAAGGUCAAUUCAAAUACACAGUCUCCCAAAAGAGAAAACAAUGCCAGCCCUUUAGGUCGUGCAGCACAAAAUCUAGAGAGUGAGUUGUCCAUUUCUGACAGCCCUGAUGAUAAAGUACAAGCUGUUAACUCAAAUCCAAGUAUAUCAGAUGAUAUUUUUCAUGAUAAUGGAGUGGAAGAAGUUGUUGUUUCUGCUGAUGAUGAGAUAAGUCCUGAAGGAGUUGUCAAGACUGUAGAAGUGACUGUGAAUGAAAUUGUAGUACAGGAAGAGAUCAGUGUCUUGGAUGCUCAUCCUGAUCCAAGUGACUCUUCAAUUACCAGAGAUGACGAAAAUGCCGAUAUUUCUGAAAUUUGUGAUGAUAAAGGAUAUAGCGAAAGCUUGAAACAGGAAUCAUUUGAAGAGAAGGAAGUGCCAUCUUCUCUGCUAGAGUCCCCUUCUGACUCCUUAAUCAACAAGAAAAAUGAAAAUCUGGAAAUUUGUGUUGUCGAUGUACCAGAGCGGCCAAGUCCUAUAUCUGUUCUUGAGCCACUAUUCCCAGAGGACGACGUCAGCCCUACAAAGUCCAUAUCCCAACCUGUCAGGCUACCAGUGCAACCGAUACAGAUUCAAUUUGAGGAGCAUGAAUCUUCAGCUGCUAAUCAAUUUAACGGUGGAAAAACUUGUCUAGAAGAAAAUGAAGUUAUGUUUGAAUAUGUAAAAGCAGUCCUGCAAGCAUCUGGCUUGAACUGGGAUGAAUUCUGUGUGAAAUAUCAUACUUCAGACCAGCUUCUUGACCCAUCAUUGUUUCACGAGGGUGAGUUCUUUCCCAACCAGCUCUGCUACGACCAGAAGCUCCUCUUUGACGGUAUUGAUGAAGUUCUCCAGGAGGUUUGUCGGCACCAUUGUAGUUUCCUCUCUUGGGUGUCAUUCAUAAAGCCUAGCGUAAAGCCAGCUCCAAACGUGAAAGAUGCUAUUUAUGAGGUUUGGGAAGGGAUAUAUUGGCAUCUCCUUCCUCUGCCUCUGCCUCAUACUUUGGACCAAAUUGUCAGAAAAGACAUGUCAAGGAUGGGAACAUGGAUGGAUCUUCGUUUUGAUGCUGAUGCUAUUGGUGUUGAGAUGGGUGAAGCCAUUCUCGAAGAUUUAAUGGAAGAUGCCAUAUUAAGCUGUAUAAAUGAAAAUCCAGAUAGUGUGCGUACUGUCCUUCCAGCUGAGUUGGAGGAAGAUGGAAGCAGCAUCAACUUGUAAAAGAAAAUUGACUUCUUUCCGUCCAUACCAUACAUUGACCAACCUAGUGUUGAGGCGGUAGGAAAGCGUGAUGUUUCUUGUUCAUCAGGAAAACGGGUGACAUUCACCAUUUGGGAGGGACUUUGAACAUCCCUUGGACGGACGGUUUGACAUGGCUUCUUCUAACUUGUGUAUUGAAAUGUUGUAGAUAUCUUACUCUUCGACAUUAUAGAACCGUGGCUUUUGGGCCCUCAUAGGCGAAAAUCAUCAAAACAAAGAAUCCUUCCUGGAUUGGGGAUCAGAAAAUCCAGUUUGCAAGCGCUGCCUGCAAGAAUACAAAUAAUGCCUGUUUUCUAUGGCAACUUUCAAGUGAGUACCAGUAUGAAAUCUGGGUCAGUGUGCAUUUUCCCAAUAAUGAUAAAGGCGUUCCUGUUGUAGAUUUUGUAGAAUAUGAUGUGAUAAUUUAGUCUAGGGUGUGUUCUUUAGUGUGUUUGAUUCCAUUUAUUCUUCUCUGUGUUCACUUUUCUUUGUUUUGAGGGCGUGUUUCUUUAUUUUAUUUGUUUUUUUGCUGUAUUUUCCAAGGUGGUGUGAUUUGUUACUAAUUCUGUAGCAUAGAAGGAAAAUAAAGUAACUUCACAAUAGGAGUGUUUUGCUAUACAAAGUGAGUGUUAUGCGAUGGAUUACUGAUUUCAAUACAAGAAAAAUAUGAUAUACUUGUACCAGCCGUUAUUGGUAGUUCUGAAAGACCAGCAAAAUUUCUGGUCACUCAUCUGUAAUUUGAGAUUAUCUUUUCGCUAGAAGUAAUUUGAGAUUA